AAGAGGGCUUGGGUAAAGCAUAUAAUUGUUUUUCGGGGACCGGCUGCAGUGCAUGAAGGUCUGAUCCCCUUUAUGACUGCACCAUAGUGCAGCCUCGUCAAUUCCCUCGGUCGUUGUUUGAACGCGCUUGCGUUUUUUUUUCGUCCCCCAUCCGCACAAGGACUUGCAUGUCUAACAUUUAGACAUGUCAAUCUUUGUGCACGGCCGGAUACUGCUGCUCCUGGCAGCGUUACAAGCGCUCUUCAUCACAGUCAGCAGCCAGCGGCAAAAUCCGGAAGGAAGCUGCGAAUAUGACGGCCAAGAGUACACAGACCGGGCGAUAUGGAAGCCAGAGCCUUGCCGCAUUUGCCUGUGUGACCAGGGAACCAUAAUGUGCGACCAGAUCUCAUGCGAGCAACUUGACUGCCCCAACUCAAUUGUACCCCAGGGCGAGUGCUGCCCCGUAUGCACACAAGCCCGAGGACCGCAAGGAGAGAAGGGUCAGCCUGGAGACCCACCCAGAUUCACGAUUCGCCCUGGACCUCAGGGAGGAGUGGGUCCCAGCGGCGAUGGUGGUCCCAGAGGUCCCCGGGGACGGAAGGGAAUUAAGGGCAUGGAUGGUCCCCAAGGAAGAGAUGGAGAACCCGGAAUUCCCGGGAACCCCGGUGCGGCUGGACCAGCUGGCCAAAUGUCUGAUGAUACUUCCUACUUGGGCAUGGGCGGGAACUUUGCUGCUCAGUACAAGGAUCAACCUGGACCUCCACCACCCGGACCCCCGGGACCCAUGGGACCCCGAGGUGCUCCCGGUUCCGUCGGAGCCCCGGGCCCAGCUGGAUACCAAGGAGCCCCUGGUGAGCCUGGCAGUUUGGGACCACCUGGCCCAGUCGGACCUUCAGGUCCCCCAGGCGCUGUUGGCAAGAAUGGAGAUGAUGGUGAGGCUGGCCGUUCAGGCAGGAAUGGAGAGCGAGGAUUGCCUGGUGCUCAGGGAGGUCGUGGGUUCCCAGGAACCCCUGGUCUUCCCGGCAUCAAGGGAAGCAGGGGCUUCAACGGAAAAGAUGGAGGGAAGGGAGAGACUGGUGCUGCUGGAGCAAGGGGAGAGUCCGGUAGCCCUGGCGCUAAUGGUGUGCCUGGAGCAGCGGGCCCACGGGGUUCGCCUGGUGAGAGGGGCCGUACAGGACCCAAUGGCCCUGCUGGAGCACGUGGUAACGAUGGACAGAGUGGACCCCCGGGACCCAGGGGACCCAACGGACCCACUGGCCCAGCUGGUUUCCCCGGUGCUCCAGGACCCAAGGGUGACACAGGAGGACCUGGAGCUCGUGGGCCUGAUGGGGCGCAGGGCCCGCGUGGAGAGCCUGGAGCUUCAGGCCCUGCAGGAGCUGCUGGGCCUGCCGGUCUGGCAGGAUCUGAUGGCGGUAUUGGAGCCAAAGGUGCUGCUGGUGCCCAUGGCAUGGCUGGUGCCCCAGGUUCCCCAGGAAGUGUUGGUGGCCCAGGAGCUGCCGGAUCAGUUGGACCUCCGGGCCCCAGGGGUGCCAGUGGAGAGCCUGGCCUGAAUGGAAACAAGGGUGAGCCUGGUGCCAAGGGUGACCCUGGCCCAUCUGGGGGUGCGGGACCUUCUGGCCCAACAGGAGCAGCCGGCAAGCGUGGCGGUCGUGGAGAGCCUGGAUCCGGAGGCCCACCCGGCCCCGUUGGCGAGAGGGGUGCACAUGGAAGCCGUGGAGCACCUGGUGGAGAUGGGUCACCUGGCGCAAAGGGACCUCCUGGAGAGAGGGGUGCCACAGGCCCAGCUGGAGCUAAGGGAAAUUCUGGAGACCCUGGCAGGCCUGGCGAGGCCGGUCUUCCUGGUCCUCGGGGUUCCACUGGAAGUCCCGGACACGCUGGCAGCGAUGGCAAAACCGGUCCCCCCGGCCCCGCUGGAAAUGAUGGUAGCCCUGGAUCCCCUGGUGCUGCUGGUGCUCGUGGCGCUCCUGGAGCAAUGGGUUUCCCUGGUGCCAAGGGUCCAUCCGGCGAGUCUGGCAAGGCUGGAGAGAAGGGCUCUGUUGGACCCGUUGGCCCCAUUGGUCUGCCUGGCAAGGAUGGAGAUGCUGGCCCUGCUGGUCCCGCUGGGCCUGCUGGUGCUGGUGGAGAGAGGGGAGAAGCUGGUCCCGUUGGUGCCCCUGGUUUUCAGGGAUUGCCUGGUGCUCCUGGUGCGCCUGGAGAGCCUGGCAAGGCUGGCGAGCCGGGUCUCCCUGGUGAGAAUGGGAUGCCUGGUGGUGCUGGUCCAAGAGGCGAGCGUGGAGCUCCCGGAGAGAGGGGAGAAACCGGUCCAGGGGGCCCACCCGGACCCCGUGGAAGCAACGGUUCUCCUGGCCAGGAUGGAGCUAGGGGUGCUGCUGGUCCCCCUGGUCCCGCGGGCACUGUUGGUGCUGCCGGCCUGCAAGGGAUGCCGGGAGAGCGCGGAGCUUCUGGUCUGCCUGGCGCCAAGGGCGAGCGGGGCGAGGCUGGUCCUGUUGGUAUCGCUGGUGGUCCCGGCAAGGAUGGCCCCAGGGGAUUGAGCGGUCCAGUCGGCCCAGCUGGCCCCACCGGAUCCAACGGAGAGAGGGGUGAGGGAGGUCCUCCUGGCCCUGCUGGCCCCGCCGGUGGUCGUGGAGCUCCCGGUGAGCGUGGCGAGCCUGGUCCUCCUGGAUCAGCUGGAUUCCCAGGGGCUCCUGGCGCCGAUGGUAUGCCCGGGGCACGAGGUGAGGCUGGAGAGACGGGAGCCCGUGGAGAGCCAGGCCAGGCCGGACCCCCAGGAAACAGUGGUCCUUCUGGCCCUGUCGGUCCACCUGGAGCUACUGGUGCUAAGGGAGACCGUGGCCCAGCUGGUCCUCCGGGAGCUACUGGAUUCCCAGGUGCUGCAGGAAGAGUGGGACCUCCAGGCUCUGCUGGUGGCCCCGGUGCUCCCGGCCCAGCCGGUCCCGAUGGAAAGGAUGGCAGCAGGGGAAUGCGCGGAGAGACCGGUCCCCCCGGCAAGAGCGGAGAGGUUGGAGCUGCAGGACCUGCCGGGCCUCCUGGCGAGAAGGGAUCAUCUGGCAGCGAUGGCCCUGCUGGACCCCAAGGACCUCCUGGAUCAUCUGGUUUGGCUGGCAGCCGUGGUUUGGUUGGUAUGCCCGGCCAGCGUGGAGAGCGUGGAUUCUCUGGACUUCCAGGACCUGCGGGUGAGCCCGGAAGGCAGGGCCCAGCGGGUCCCGCUGGAGAGAGAGGAGCAUCUGGGCCUGCAGGUCCACCCGGCAUCUCUGGCCCAUCUGGAGAGAGCGGCCGCGAUGGAAACCCAGGAAGCGAUGGUUUGCCUGGCCGCGAUGGAGCUCAGGGCAGCAAGGGAGACCGUGGUCCAGCCGGAAAUUCUGGUCUCCCCGGAUCCCCCGGCCCAGCUGGUCCUCCCGGAGCCCCUGGCCCUGCUGGAAAUAAUGGACACAAGGGAGAGGCUGGUCCUGCUGGUCCUUCUGGUGCUUCCGGUACCACUGGUGCCCGUGGUCCUGCGGGUCCUGCAGGUCCUCGUGGUGACAAGGGUGAUGCUGGUUCCGCUGGAGAAUCAGGAAUGAAGGGCCACCGUGGCUUCUCGGGUCUGCCUGGUCUCCCUGGACCCCCGGGUGCUCCAGGUGACAGGGGCAUCGCUGGAGUGUUCGGCUCCGCUGGUUCCAGGGGUCUCCCUGGCCCAACUGGCCCCAGCGGUAAGGAUGGCGUCAGUGGCGUUCCUGGCCCUGCUGGACCUGCUGGACCUCGAGGCCGCAAUGGAGAGACCGGUCCUCCCGGCCCUCCUGGAGCUCCUGGACCACCCGGCCCUCCCGGCAGCUCCGGCGCCGGCUACGACAUGGGCGCAUACGCUGGGUUGAUGGCACGCCGCAAGAUGGGUGACCAGUCCACUGACAUGCUGCCAUACGGCCUGGUGCUGGACGCCUCCAUCAAGGCACUGAACGCCCAAGUGGAGAGCAUCACCUCCCCGGAUGGGAGCCGCAAGCACCCAGCCCGAUCCUGCCGGGAUCUCAUGCUCUGCCAUCCUGAGUACAAGAGCGGUGAGUACUGGAUUGACCCCAACGAGGGCUGCCGUGCCGACGCCAUCAAGGUGUGGUGCAACAUGGAGACGGGCGAGAGCUGCGUGAACCCGGGCAUGCCCAGCCUGCCACGCAAGAACUGGUGGCGCAGCCAGGCAGCCGACAAGAAGCACGUGUGGCUCGGAGAGACCAUGAGCCCCGGAUCCCAGUUCACGUACGGUGAUGGCAGCCAGAACAUGGAGGUGCAGCUGACCUUCCUGCGCCUGCUGUCCACCGACGCAUCCCAGAAGAUCACCUACCACUGCAAGAACAGCGUGGCCUACCUGGACAGCCGUGCCGGCAACCUCAAGAAGGCCCUGAUGCUGCAGGGCUCCAGCGACGUGGAGAUCCGUGCCGAGGGCAACUCUCGGUUCACUUACUCUGUGCUGGAGGAUGGGUGCACUACGCACACCGGCGUGUGGGGCAAGACGGUGAUCGAGUACAGGACGCAGAAGACCAGCCGCCUGCCGUUCAUGGACAUAGCCCCAAUGGACGUCGGUGGUUCCGACCAGGAGUUUGGCGUAGAUGUCGGUCCCGUCUGCUUCCUGUAAAAUGGACACAAAACAUUUCAAUAGAAAAAAUGUAAAAUCCCAAAAUCAACUCCCAAUUCCCCCUCUGCAGACACGACACCUUCAGAACUGCUGCACUGAACUGCCGACCUUCAUUCUGGUCCCCAGCGGCCCAUCCACACGCUUGGAAUUUUGGACUCUGUAAAGCAACGUAGGUGGUCAAUCAAGUUUCCCCCUCCUGCUCUGUUCACCAGCAAAGCUUGAGCGAAGGCAGGUUUCAAACUCAGGCGGCGUCCUCUGAGCCUUGGCCACGUGCACUGGGGGGGGGGGGGGGUGGGCACAUCGCAUGAACCCUCCCUUGCUCUCGAUCCACGGUUUUCCAUACCCAGUGGCGAGAGGAGUGGGGUCUUGACGCUGUUCUCACGACAGCCGUGACAAAACGUCCCGUGCGACAUGUCCGGUGCACGCCGCCACAUCUCACCACUCCUGGGAAGUACCGUGCCUGACCUGCUGCAUGGAAGUGCUUACCAUCACCAGCUUCCGUUUGCGGACUUAGCUACCUCAGUCAGAAGCAACGCAUUAAGUUGGAAAAGGAGUAUUCAGAUCUGGAUGUCAGGAGUUCAUCAGUGCUUCUUAUUACAUCGUGUGGCUUCAGUUUCUACAAUUACUCAAUUUGCUUGAGAUCCAGUGAGUCCAAGUGGUGCUAUACAUCUUGAUCGUGUUUAGGUGCUCAAUGUUGGCGUUUUUAUUUCAUUGUCGCUAUUUUGUAAAAUUCGCCUUGCUUUCCAAAAUGAAGCCUGUGGAUGGGUGCAUUGGCACCAUUCUUCAAAAGUUUAUUCUCACACACAAAAGGGGACAACCGUGGAUCUAAUGGGGACAAACACUAAAGUAUAAUUUGAAACUUUUUGCGUAUAAAACGACCACAAAAAAACUGUUAAGUGUUUUCCACAGAAAUUUCAACAUCAGGGAUUCUUGAUUAUUUUAUAUAGUUGGGCCAAGGAAAUAGCGUUUGACGCAUCCCUCCCCCUCCAUAGGCUCUCUAGCACACUUUUCCACCAGCGUUUUAUUUGUAAGAACCUAAAGCAAAAAAUGUUGAACCUUUGUUUAAUGUUAACCAUAACUGGGAUAUGUCAAUAAAAAUCUUAAAUAAA